AUGUGGCCUCCGGCAGAGAGCAUAUGUGGGGACCUCUCCCCGGGCUCCUGCGGGUAUCAGCCCAGAUCCAAACCCACAGGGACUGACCUGCUACAUGAGCAUCGUGGUGAAAUCCAGAACCUGCGCCAGCGCCUGGAGGAGUCCAUCUGCAUUAACGACUGCCUGGGGGAGCGGCUGGAACACAGGCUCAGCUCCACUGCCCACGGAAGCGGACCCACCUCUAACUUCUACAAUCCAAGCCUGGAGUCCACGCCUCAGCUCUGCAGUGAGAACAGAGUCCUUAGGGAAGGAAACCGGAGCCUUCAGGCUCAGCUCAGUCAUCUUUCCAGAGAGCACUCCCAGGAAACAGAAUGUCUGAGGGAGGCUCUGCUGACCUCUCGAUCCCAACUUCAAGAGCUGGAAAUGGAGCUAGAGCACCAAAAGGUGGAACGACAGCAGCUUUUGGAAGACUUGAAGGAGAAGCAACAGGAGAUCUUGCAUUUCCAGGAGGAACGGCUAUCUCUCCAGGAGAAAGACUCCAGGCUGCAGCAUAAGCUGGCCCUCUUGCAGCAACAGUGUGAAGAGAAACAGCAGCUCUUCCAGUCCCUCCAGUCAGAGCUGCAGAUCUACGAGGCACUUAAUGGCAAUUCCAAGAAGGGGCUGAAAGGGCAGCUGGAGCAGAGCAUUCAGGUGAACAACUGUCUGCGACUGCAGCUUGAACAGCAGUUGGAUGGUGGUGCCAGCAAAGCCAGCCUCAGCCCCUCCUCUGUUAACCAGAAAUUCCCCAACAACACUGACCCUGGAAACAAGCAGCUGCUCUUCCAAGAUUCAGUUGCCUCCCCUCCAGUUCGGGAUGUGGGCAUGAAUUCUCCAGUUCUGGUCCUCCCCAGCUCCUCUUCUGCUGCUUCUGGCUCAGAGACCACAACCUCCAACAGGAAAAAUGAGCUGGGUUUGGAUGCUUCUCCAGUAAUGAAGAACCCUCCCAAGCUGGAGGGUGAUGCUACUGAUGGCUCCUUUGCCAAUAAGCAUGGCCGCCAUGUCAUUGGCCACAUUGAUGACUAUAGUGCCCUAAGACAGCAGAUUGAAGAGGACAGACUGCUGGUCAAGAAGGUAGCAUCCCUUGUGAGAUCAACCUGCAACUUCCUUGGCCUUGAAGCUCUAGGCACAGAGAUGAUGGGCAGUGAAGCCAUCCAUGAGCUCAGGAGCAGCGCCAAUGCCCUGCACCACCGGCUGGAGGAGUCCGCCUCCCUCCUCACCAUGUUCUGGCGAGCAGCCUUGCCAAGCUCCCAUGGCCCUGCACUGGGUGGCAAAGUGGGAGAGUCCAUGAAAAGGGAGCUUCUGGAACUGAGAACCAAACUAUCCAGACAGGAGAGUCUCCUUCAGAGCACAGCUGAGCAUCUGAAGACCGCCAACCAGCAGAAGGAGAGCUUGGAGCAGUUCAUCUUCAGCCAGUGUGAAAUCCCUAAGGGCUCUUCCAUGCACUCCAGUCCUGUGACCCUUGCCUUCCAGGAGCCAAGCACGAAGCGUAGCCACCAGAGGUCCUCCAAACAGCAGGAAGGAUGGGCCUGCCCCCCUUUUUCACAGCUCCCUGUCUGCUGA